AUGGAUAAGAUCUACGAAGUUUUAGCUGAGAUAGAAAAAGAAAAGGGAUAUAAAUUCGACUUGCUAAUAUGUUGUGGUGAUUACCAGGUGCUUUUUGCAUACCAACCAGUAGAACUUGUUUCAACUAGGCGUCGAAAUUAUGGUGAUCUACAUCACAUGCAUGUAAGCGAGAAGUAUCGAUCGUUACAAACUUUCUACAAGUAUUACUCUGGGGAAAAGGAAGCGCCGAUACUAACAAUCUUUGUUGGUGGUAAUCAUGAGGCUUCUGGUUAUUUGUCUGAAUUACCAAAUGGCGGUUGGGUAGCUCCAAAAAUCUACUAUAUGGGCUUUGCAAAUGUAAUAAGGUUUGCUGGCCUACGAAUAGCCGGCUUAUCAGGGAUAUUCAAUGGAAGAGAAUUCAACCGAGGGCAUUAUGAGCGUCCACCUUAUACUGAUCGCUCUGAAGUCAUCUCAUCAUACCAUGUUCGAAACACUGACGUUUGGAGGUUGAAACAUUUGAGACCUGCUGAUGAUGACAACACUAGUAAUCCCAUCGAUAUAAUGGUGACUCACGACUGGCCAGCUGGUAUUGUGGAUUAUGGCGAUAAGCAGUCGCUUUUGAGGACCAAACCGUUUUUCUUUGCUGACAUUGAGAGUGGAAAACUAGGAAAUCCCGCUACUAUGCAGCUUCUCUAUGAUAUCCGCCCACGUUACUGGUUAUCAGCUCAUUUGCAUGUUGCCUUUGCUGCUUUAGUACCUCAUAAAUCGAAGGACGGCUCUGUACAAGCGGCACCAACGCGCUUUUUGGCUUUGGACAAGCCUAUUAUUAGAAGGCAUUUCAUCCAAGUCAGUUUAUGGAAUAACACUUUUUCCCUAUAUUAA